CAUAAUGUAACCAUAGUUUAGUAGUUGACGAAUGACCAUAAAGACCAAAAAGAAAGCACAGUAGUCUUGCAUUGCAUUAUUGGCUCCUCUAUCUUCUAGUCUGUGUUGAAUCGAAGCAAAGCUAAAGAAAGAGAAAUGGCUGCUGCAAUUGUGGGAGAAGCGUUGCUCUCAGCUGCUGUGGAAGCUUUAGCAGAAAAGAUCACCACUGAGAUAUCGGAGUUCUAUCGGAGCAAGAAACUUGAUGAAUCACUGCUGAAGAAGCUGAAAGUGACGCUGCUAAGCCUUGAUGCUUUUCUAAAUGAUGCUGAGGAGAAGCAGAUCAGCAAGGCUCCUGUGAAGGCAUGGCUUGAUGAGCUCACUCAAGCUCUCUUUGACGCCGAUGACUUGAUCGAUGACAUCGCCACCGAAGCUCUCCGUCGCAAAGUGGAAGCCCGCUAUCAUCAAAGUGUCGCUGCUAAGGUGCGAAAGGUCCUCUCCUCUCCUUUUAAGUGGCCUUACCGAGAGAUUAAUUCCAAGAUGCAGAAAUUGUUUGAAAGAUUAGAGCACUUUGCACAGAGAGCACACAACCUUCCAUUGGAAAAAGGUGUUUCUAGCAAUGUUUGGCGUGCAACACCUACAAAUUCUGCUUUUGAUGACUCUGCUAUUUGUGGCAGAGAUGACGAAAGAAAGAAUCUUCGAGAGUAUUUGCUGUCAGAAGAUGUUGUUAUUGAUGGUGGCAGUAAAAUAGGAGUGCUUGCCAUUGUUGGCAUGGGAGGGCUCGGGAAAACGACCCUGGCUAAACUCUUAUACAAUGAUGCUCAAGUUAAAGAAAAGUUUGAUGUGAAAGCAUGGGCAUCUGUCUCCAAAGAUUUUGAUGUUGUCAAGUUGGCAAAAUCUCUUCUUGAAUCUGUCACAUCUGUAGCAACAACUUUGGAUAACUUCGAUACCUUGCGAGCAGAAUUGCAAAAGAAGUUGUCGGAUAAAAGAUUUCUGCUUGUGUUGGAUGAUAUAUGGAAUGCAGGAUAUGUUGAUUGGACCAAUCUGAUGCACAUUUUUAAUGUUGGCGAAUUGGGAAGCAAAAUCAUUGUUACAACACGACAUGAAAGAGUUGUGAGUGUUGUAAAUGCUACACAGACCUGCCCUCUAAAACCACUGGUGAUUGAAGAUUGUUGGACUUUAAUUUCAAAACAUGCAUUUGCAACACAUAAAUGCACUGAGCAGUCCAACCUAGAAGAAACUGGAAGAAAAAUUGCCGAAAGGUGUGGUGGCUUGCCAUUAGCUGCAGUUGCAUUGGGUGGUGUUCUUCGCACAAACUUAUCAAAUGAUUACUGGAAUAAAGUGUUAACUAGCAACCUUUGGAAUCUGACAAAAGAGGAUGUGCAACCAGCUCUGCUUUUGAGCUAUAAUUUCCUUCCCGCCUCUUUGAAACAAUGCUUUGCUUAUUGUGCAAUUUUCCCAAAAAACUCGAAGCUGCGAAAAGAGGCGUUAGUUCAGCUAUGGAUGGCACAGGGAUUUGUUUAUGUGUCCCAAAAUGAGAAAAGCAUUGAAGAAGUAGGCGGUGAAUACUUUGAUGAACUAGUGGCAAGGUCAUUGUUACGACGUUCUGCCGAUGGGGAACACUUUGAAAUGCAUGACCUCAUCAACGAUUUGGCAACCAUGGUUUCUUCCCCAUAUUGUAAGAGGCAUGACAAGGAAACGCAACUUGGAAAUCUAAACAAAAUUCGUCAUUUAUCUUAUGAGAAAAGUAUGUCUAACCAUUUUGACGAACUUGAUUCCCUUCAUGGAUUGAAAGGCUUACGUACACUCACAGCAUUACCGUUAGAAUUUGGUUACAUGAUCUUCCGCCAUUACCUAGAGAAUGAGGUAUUGCAUGAGUUGUUGGUAGCAUUGAAACAGUUGCGGGUGUUAUCCCUGUCAUCCUACAACAAUAUCACUGUUUUGCCGAAUUCUAUUGGCCAUAUAAAGCAUUUGCGAUACCUAGAUCUAUCUUGCAGUGGAAUUGAAAGGUUGCCUCCUGCAAUAUGCAAGCUCUACAAUCUACAGACCUUGUUGUUAACUUAUUGUAGGGAUCUUACUGAGUUGCCUGAGGAGAUGGGAAAAUUGGUGAAUCUACGCCACCUUGCUAUUGAUAAUUGUAUAAAUCUUACUGAGUUGCCCAAGGAGAUGGGAAAAUUGGUGAAUCUACGCCACCUUGAUAUUAGUUGGUGUUGUGCUCUUACUGAGUUGCCUAAGGAGAUGGGAAAAUUGGUGAAUCUACGUCGUCUUGAUAUUGAUGGUACCGGAUUGCAGGAGAUGCCCGUAGAAAUAGCCAAACUGGAAAAUCUGCAAAGUUUGAGUCGUUUUAUUGUCAGCAAACAACAACAUGGACUGAAGCUUGCAGAAAUGAGAAAAUUUCCCCAUUUACAAGGUCAACUCCGCAUCUCAAAUCUAGAAAAUGUUUUUGAUCCGUCUGAUGCUUAUCAAGCCAAUUUGAAGGAGAAAAACCAAAUUGAGGAGUUAUCAUUGGAAUGGAGUGAUUCCAUCUUGGAAGACUCCCAACAAGUUGUACUUGAACAUCUGCAGCCCUCAACUAGUCUGAAGAAACUGAGUCUUAAAUGCUACGGUGGAUCUACUUUCCCAAGCUGGUUGGGUGAUUCCUCAUUUGGCAACAUAGUGGGUUUGAGGAUUGAAGAUUGUGAUCAUUGUUCUUCAUUGCCACCUCUUGGACGACUACAUAGUCUAAAAGAACUCUUCAUUUCAGGUAUGAGAUCAGUGAAGAGUAUUGGGUCUGAAUUUUACGGAGGUAAUUCCCCUUCUUUCCAACCGUUUCCCUCCUUGGAGACUUUGAGUUUUGAGUUUAUGUUAGAGUGGGAGGAAUGGAACAUGAUAGAUGGUAUAACUAGUGAGUUCCCCCGUCUAUCACACUUAUCUCUUUCUUUCUGUCCGAAGCUGAAAGGAACUUUACCCAGCAAUCUUCCUUGUUUGGUUACACUUGAAGUAAUGUAUUGUCGUGUACUUGAAUCAGAGUUUUCAGGAGAAGUGGAUAACAGAAACAUAAUGAGACCAUUGAAUCUAUUCAAUUUUAACUCUCUUCAAGAUUUAUCUCUCAAUACAAUUCCUUCCCUGACGUCCUUCCCGAGCAAUGGUCUACCCAAAGCGUUAAAGACACUUUCUAUCAGAGAUUGUGAGAGCCUUGAAUUCCCAACUCAUGAGUUCCUUCAGAGUUGCAAGGCACUUGAGGAUUUGUCCAUAAUGAGUAGCUGUUGCUCGCUGACGUCAUUUCCCUUAGGUUCUCUCCCUGUGCUCAAGCGUCUUCUACUUAGCAAAUGUAAAAAAUUGAAAUCAAUUUCAAUUUUGGAAGAAGAAGCAGCAAGCCAAUCUCUCAUGUUUCUUGAACAUCUCAGAGUAGAUGAGUGUCCUGAACUGGAGUCGAUUUCCCUACUCGAUUUGUGCACUCCUAACCUGCGUUCUUUUUGGGUAAAGAAAUGCGACAAGAUUAAUUCAUUACCAGAACCAAUUAAUAAUCUCAGUGGCCUCCAAACAUUAUGGAUUUGUGAUGUUCCAAAUUUGGAAUCCAUUGCAGAAGAGGGUUUGCCUUUCAAUUUAACGACACUAAUUGUCGGCAAUGAAAAAGGGGUUUAUUGCAAUACAGAUAUCACCAAGUGGGGCUUGGACCGACUCACUUCUCUUUCAUAUUUGAGUAUUCAAGGUGAGUAUCUGGUUAAGAAGCUGAUGGAAAUACAAUUGCCCUUGUUGCCCAAUUCUCUUGAGAUGCUGGAAAUAGAAGGUGCACGUGAAAUACAACAUUUGGAUGGGAAGUGGCUUCAGCCAUCUCACCUCCCUCAAAACUCUUGAGUUGGUAGCAUGUGACAAGCUCAAGUCACUGCCAAAAGAAGGGCUGCCCUCCUCAAUUUCAAGUCUAGAAAUUCGGAGAUGCCCAAUGUUGAGAGCAAGUUAUGAGAGAAAGAAAGGGAA